GCGCCAUUUGCUUUCGCCUAGCUAGUGCAUCUGUGCAUGCAACCGAGGUGGCCGUAGGGUCUCUGUUUCCCAGCAUUGGCAAGGAUUGACCCCAAAAUCUCUCUCAGGCAAAUCAGCCUUUCUACAGCAAAUCUGAUCCUAUAAAUCCUAUAGCUCGCUCAGCUGCGCUCCUUCGCUGUCCCAGUAGCAUAGCCAGUUCAGUUCAGCAUCUCCUCGACGCUACGCUUCGCUUUUAAUACGCGCACUGUGGCCUCGCUGCGCACGCAUGCUUCACCGUUGCAGCAGCGGAAGCCAGCAGAGCAUCGCCGCAGCCCCAACCAUGCCGUCCACCACCUUCUCCCUCUUCUUCCCGCUGCCCAAGGGCCAGUGGCUGGCGGCGGAGGACGAGGCCGCCUGCGACGACGACCACAGCUCCGUCACCACCUCCCCGUCCUCGUCGUCCACGGGCUCCGUCGACUGCACGCUCUCGCUCGGGACGCCGUCGUCGCGCCGCGCCGCUGAGCUGGCGGAGCUGACCAAGCGCGUCGUCGCGCAGCCGGCGUACCCGUCCGUGUCAGCUGCCACCGUGUCGUGGGACGUUGCUGCUGAUCAGUCCUCAUACUACUGCCAGGGCAGCAAGCCCGCCGGCGGAGCAGCCAAGGGCGCCAUGGCGUACGCCGGGCACGACCCACUGCUCCUGGACCGCUGCUGCGCCAACUGCGGCACCACGUCGACGCCUCUCUGGAGGAACGGCCCUCGCGGGCCCAAGUCCCUGUGCAACGCCUGCGGCAUCAGGUACAAGAAGGAGGAGCGGCGCGCGGCGGCGAUGGAGAGCGGCGCCGCCGGGUGCGGCUACAGCGCGCAGGGAGCGCAGCACGGGCCGUCAGCCGCGAAGGCUUCGCACGGCGCCGCGUCGUACGGCGAGGGGGCGUUCCCGUGCGUUGGCGACGCGGACACCGAUGCGCCGCUCCUCGCGUGGCGGCUCAACGUCGUUGCGCCGGCGCCGGCGCCUUCGUUCGCGGUGUGGCCGGAGCGUACCAGCCUGUUCCAGUACAACUAG